AUCAGAAGCUUAACACCGUGCUUGUCUCCUCAGCCCCAUCAUGUCUCUGUGUGGAUGUGAUGUGUGCAGCAGAGGGGAUUCCUCCAGCAGCCCCUUCUCUUCUCUUCUCUUCUCUUCUCUUCUCUUCUCUUCUCUUCUCUUCUCUUCUCUUCUCUUCUCUUCUCUUCUCUUCUCUUCUCUUCUCUUCUCUCCGUCCACUUCAGUGCCACAUUUUGGCUUAAGGGAUAAUCCCAGUCUCACAAUGUGCAUGCGCAAACCCAAAGUGCGCGCAGGGAGAUGAGGAGGGGGACGCUUCGCUGAUAACUCCAGGACAAAAAAAAAAAAAAAAAAAAGGGCGUCUAUUAUGCAGAUAUCGCCAUCGAACAGCUGCGUGGAUGGAGUGAUCGAGCUUCAAACUGUGAUGCUACCUGACUCUGGGAGGGGACUGAAUCCAAAAUGACGCUUCGGUGUGAUGGAAAGGUGUAAAUCCAACUCUGCUGCCUCCUCACAUGGCUCCACACACACCUGCCCGCCCUCAUGGACACCCAGUGUUUGCAUGAUAUUUCAGUUUCUGCAUCGAGGACAGGAUGACUAACUGUGAGCUGAUCGAGCUGAAGGACCUCAGUGUGAACGAUUCCAUCGAGCUAGCCGCUCCACCCGCACAUGUCUCCUCAGCCCCUGUCAAUCCGGGCCAGCCCGGCGCUGGCCGCGUCGUCCGUCUGGUUGGAGACAGCGUCAGCAUCGAGGGACCGGUCCGUCACCUGGGAGAGGGGGCGGUGGGUCAUGACUUCCAGCCCUAUAGCUACACACACCUCAGCUGGUGUGACCUGUGUGGAGAAUUCAUCUGGGGUCUCUAUAAGCAGAGCUUACGCUGUGCCAACUGCAGCUACACUUGUCACUACCGCUGCCGACCGUUUAUCCAGCUGGACUGCAGCACACAGGGGAGUGCGUUAACGGAGAGCGCAGACUACAGCGAGGACUCCAUUGAGACGGACACAAACGUGGAUGACCAGACUGAGCCGGGUAAACAAGAGUUAAGUGUCGGUAAGAUUCAGCAGAAGGUGAAGGAGUACAACGCUCAGAUUAACAACAAUCUCUACAUGGUGGAUAAUAAAGAUGGGACGUACACUGGUUUCAUAAAGGUCCACUUUCAGUUGCUCCGGCCCAUCUCCCUCCCACCUUCUCGGAACCAGAGCUGGACAGAGGAGGACGAUCAGCAGGGAAGGCUGACAAGGCGGCGGACGUCUUUCUACCUCCCCAAAGACGCGGCAAAGCACCUUCACGUGAGCUCGGAAACCCGAGUGCGAGAAGUCAUCGAGGCGUUGCUCAACAAGUUCACUGUGGUCGACAAUCCGGCGAAGUUUGCCUUGUUUGAACGUGCUGAGAAGCAAAGUCAAGUGUUCAUGCGCAAGCUGUCUGACGACGAGCGCCCGCUGUAUUUGCGCUUGUGUGCUGGCCCCAGUGAGUCAGUCUUGAGUCUGGUUCUGAAGGAGAAUGAAACAGGGGACGUAAAUUGGGAUGCCUUCAGCUUCCCAGAGCUGAACAACUUUCUGCGAAUCUUACAGCGCGAGGAAGAAGAGCACGUGCGGCAGAUUGUGAAGCGAUAUGCUCACGCUAGAGACAUGAUAAGGCACGCAAUGGCUCGCGUAACUACCCCUGGUUGACAGAGAGUCAAUCUUGGAGUUCAACAUUAGGAAUAACCUUUUCAUGCCACGGAAAUGGGAACCUUUACGGGUGACGAAUAAAGGGAAGGAGAGAGCUCAAGCAUUGACAGUGUUUCAGAUUGUAGUUUGUUAAUGAAGCAGGACUACAUGUGUUUACAUUUAAUGUGAGCUACUGAAAACACCAGACCAUGCUGUCUUUUAUCACAUACUGGCACUUUAAUAAAGCUGUGAUUUAGAGUUGGGUAUGUGUAUUUAUAUGCAAAUUAUCUAAUAAACUGAUCACAAUAAAUUACCGGU